AGGAGACGCUGGAAAUCGGCCAUUAGUGUCCUAUCAUCUGAUGAAUCUGUAGCGUGGGGGGAUACCGUAACUCUACCGUCAAAUGCCUCGCCUGCAUUGUCAAUAGAGAUCAGGACUUCCUAUGAGCUUGGUCGAAUGCUAGGCGGUGGAGAGGUCAUCGGGGAACUUCAAAUGUCGUGGGAUGAGGUACUCGAUCAUGGAGAUCACCCAUUUGAUCUGUCUUUCCCAGCCGUGCGCGAUGUCCAACCUUCUAUCACACUGAAGGUUGCUGUUGUACAUGCUUGGGACGAUCAAAUUGGCGCACUGUUUGAUUCCCUCGUGGACUGCGAGAUUGCUCGAGACGCAGAUGCGGGCCACGCACAAUUUGCCUCAUACAUGAAAAGCAAGAAUGUCUCUCACUUGAACGAUGCUAUGGAGCAUUUUCAGUUGGUUUUGAACCAGUGUCCGGUCGGCCAUUCGGACCGCGCAGCGGCUCUCACCAACCUCGCGUGGGUUCGCCUUCAAGGUUACAUCCGAAAUGAUGUUCAAGACAUUGAUACUAUCACUUCCCUGUUCCGCGACGUCCUUGCAUUGCGUCCGCAGCCCCAUCCCGAUCAUCCCUUAUCUCUAUACAAUCUCACCGAAGCGCUUAAUUGGCGACACGACAAGAAAAGUAUUGCUGCAGACAUCUGCGAAGCCGCCCAACUGUAUCAUGAACUAUUGCCUCUCUGUCCAGAGGGCACGUACCUUCGUAGCAUCGCAGCAGGGGGAAAUGGUGUUGAUUAUGUGAUCGACGAAUGCAACGUUCUUCCAACAGAUGCAUCCGAUGAAGGCAUCCACCUUCGAAGAGUCGUGCUCAAGCUCUGUCCUCUGGGCCAUCGACUUCGUCCCAGAACCCUCGACGAGCUUGCACGAGCAGUUGAAGCACGGUUUUGUCAGCACGGCAGCAUCGAUGAUCUUGACACGAGCAUACGGCUUUGGCGUGAAGCCGUGUCUCUGUGUCCCGAGGGACAUGUUGAUCGUGAUACCUGCCGGAACAACUUGGCUUAUUCACUCAUGUCCCGCUUUAAGCACCAAGGCAAUACUAAUGAUUUCGACGAGGCCAUCUCUUUGUAUGAAGAAGCACUGCACCUGUGCCCUGUUGGGCAUGGAUCUCGUGAUCAGUUAUUGGACAACCUAGGGAGCGCCCUCAUCUUCCGUUUCAGCAAAUGUGGCAACAUUGAUGUCAUCACCCGCGUUAUCAGCCUCUAUCGUGAGGCACUGACGUUGCGCCCACCUGGGCAUCCACGUCGUUACGCCACGCUUAACAACCUUGCCCUCGCGCUCAGAACUAGAUGCGACAAAUCGUAUGUGAGUGAGGAUCUUAACGAGGCCAUUGAUCGGUGUCGCGAAUCCCUUCGGCUUUACCAUCCAGAGCGCUGGAGAACUCUUUUGAAUUUGAGCUCGGCACUCUGCUCUCGUUCUAUGGAAACUCAGAAGAAAGAAGAUGUCGAGGAAGCCAUUAACCUUUGCCAAGAAUCAUUGGCGGUCCUACAUUCUACUCAAGGGUUGCCAGAACGGAUCGUUCGCUCAUUUAAUUGGACCGUUGCAGCAGAGCAGCAUGGUCAUGGAUCCGCGCUGGAAGCCUACUCGACAUUUUUUGAGCUUCUGGAUGCUCAUUUGGCAACACGGUCUUCGGCAACUUCACGGCGCGAAGCUGCCGUUGCCUUUCAUGACGCCAGAACGCUCCCAGCAGAUGCAGCAUCAUGUGCCAUCCGCUGUGACAAUCUACCACAUGCAGUUGAACUUGUGGAGCAGGGCCGUGGCCAGCAAUGGUCGCUGGCCUCCCGACUCAGGACUCCAGUUGAAGCCCUUGAGUCAGCGAAUCCGAAACUGGCGCAUAAUUAUUUGGAGCUGAGCAAGCUCGUUUCGAGUGCGGCCCAGAGUUCUGCGACAAUCACCGACAGAGCUGCUGCUGAUCGGGCAGCAAUGGAGUACAGGAAACUUACAAGGCAAUGGGAAGCUGCGGUUGCUCAAAUACGUGAUCUUCCGGCGUUUUCGCGGUUCCUGCUCCCACCUCUGUAUGCAGACCUGCAAGCGGCAGCGCGCCAGGGCCCGGUCAUCAUCCUCAUUGCGAGCCAAUACUCAUGCAGCGCCAUCAUCGUCCCGACGUCAGGAGACCCCCAUCAUGUUCCCUUGCCAUCUGUCACUCUCGCAGAUCUGACCAAUCUCAAGGACCGCUUCGCCAGGGCAAUACGACACGCAUCUACCAUUGGCCCCAAAGUGCCGCGAAAUGAUCUAAUAGUCCUCUUGCGGACCGUAUGGGAUGAGAUCAUGCUACCCAUCGUCAACGUCCUCCGGCAUGACCUGAAACUAAAAUACUGUCGAAUCUGGCUUUGUCCAACUGCAGCUUUCACAUCUAUUCCUCUCCACGCAGCUCACCCGUUCCGAACGAACUCAGAUGGCUCUAAGGAGAAAUGCUUGGAGGAUUUCUACAUCUGCUCUUACACCCCGACAAUUUCGGCUCUGGUCAGAUCUAGACAGAUGAUGAAGAAGCGCGUCACUCCAUCCUUCGUGACAAUCGGCCAAGGUCAACCGGGUUCAGGGAAAGGCAAGGCGCUCUUGGCUGUCGACAGCGAGCUCGAGCUUGUCCAUAAGCUCGUCCCUGCGACUGUCAACCGCACUACUAUUUCUGGCGACGCAGCCACACGAGCAGGUGCGCUCGAAGCUUUGGAGCAGAACACCUGGGUGCACCUUGCUUGUCAUGGGAAGCAAGACCCUAAGCAGCCUUACGACUCCCAUUUUGUCAUGAGAAACGAACAUUUGACGCUGCUCGAUAUCAUGGAAAGAGAUAUUCCACACGCCGAGUUCGCGUUCUUAUCAGCGUGUCAUACCGCCGUCGGGGAUGAGGAGACACCCGACGAAGUAAUUCACCUCGCAGCUGGUCUUCAGUUUUCGGGGUUCAAGAGCGUCAUUGGGACGCUGUGGCAGGUCGACGACUCUGUCGCCAAACACGUCGUCAAAGCCUUCUAUGAGAACAUGUUCCUAGAUUUGAAGGAUGGAGGUGUGAUGGACUGUACGAAGGCGGCCUGGGCGCUGAACCGUGCUACGCACGCCGUGAAGACGAAAGUUCCGCUGGAGCAGAGGAUGGUUUUCGUUCAUAUUGGUGUGUAG